AUGCCCUCUUCAGACCUGCACCGGCGGGCCGACGGUGGACUGGCCAUAAACUCCGCCGGAAUCCCUCUCAAUCUAAAGAUCCGACCACUUCUGUCCAAGGCCGACAUCGAAGCCCACUUUUCCAAGUAUGGCAAUGGGAAGAUCACUGAGGUCAAGCUCAUGAAUGGCUUCGGCUUCAUUGAGUAUGAAGACCCGUUGGAUGCUCGUGAUGUUGUACCUGCUUUCCACGGGACCGAUUUCAUGGGAGAGCGCCUCACUGUUCAAUUUGCUCGUGGAAAUCGUCAUCGCGAAGGGUUUAGCGGGCACGAACGCGCCCCUCCCCGACCGCGUCGCACCCCCCAUCGGAUGCAAAUUACCGGGCUACCCAACGACACUAGCUGGCAGGACCUAAAAGACUUCGCACGACAAUCCAAUCUUGACGUGGUCUAUUCCGAGACUGGCCGCGAUGGAACUGGACGAGGCUUCGUGGAAUUCGAGACCGCAGCAGACUUAAAGACGGCAGUGGACAAGCUUGAUGGCAGGGAGUUCAAGGGCAACGCCGUUUCUUGCAUUUCAGAUAUCCACCUCCCCGAGAACGUGCUCGGUCCCGGUCCCCUGGGAGACGUCCCUAUAUGCACCCGCAGGACGAUUAUGAUCGUCGGGGCCCUCCUCGAGGAUACAGUCCUCGCCGUGAGGGCUAUCGAGAUGGCUAUCGGGAGAGAAGCCCCGGUCGACGACCACCCCCACCUGACUACUACGAUGAUCGUAGCAGAGGCUAUAGGUCUCCACCACGCCGCCCUCUUGACGAUUACCCGCCGCGCCGCGGCUACGACGAUCCUUAUCGUCGUGACUAUCCCCUACCUGCAGACCCCUACGCAAACGGUAGGCCGUACGAUCGACCUCCUAGGGACUUCCCCCCUCGUGACGGGGGCUAUCCUAGGGAUGGUUAUGGACCAAGAGACUACGACCGGGGCCGAUACUGGUAAAUCUAAUCCUUUACCCUUGUCCGAAUUGAGCCUUGACGAGAAUAUUAGAUCCACUUUAUGCGAGUUCACGAGGCCGAGAUAA